GAUUAGGUAGGAACCAUCGUGUGGCUCUAGCUACAACCACAUUCCAUUCUCCUCUCAAUAUAUACUAACCCCAUAUACCAUCUCUUCAAUAUGUGAAAAAAAUCAAUUACCCGUCGAAAAGGGUACAAAAGGAAAACGAAAAAAAAAAAAAAAAAGUGACGAAAUGGCUAACGGAGUUACUACUAUCACCAUAACAGCACUAUCCGAAGAGAACUCCCUCGAUGAAAAAUUCAUCAGAGAUGAAAACGAGAGGCCAAAGGUGGCGUACAACCAAUUCAGCGAUGAGAUUCCGGUGAUAUCACUUGCCGGAAUUGAAGAAUCGGGCGAGGAGAGGGCUGAGAUAUGCCGGAAAAUAGUGGCGGCGUGUGAAGGGUGGGGCAUUUUCCAGGUGGUGGAUCAUGGGGUUGACUCUGACGUAAUUGAUGACAUGACUCGUUUGGCACGUGAGUUCUUCGCUUUCCCCGCUGAGGAGAAGCUUCGUUUCGACAUGUCUGGCGGGAAGAAAGGUGGUUUCAUUGUCUCUAGCCACCUUCAGGGUGAAGUUGUGCAAGACUGGCGCGAAAUAGUGACGUACUUCUCGUACCCGAUCCAAGCCCGAGACUACUCAAGGUGGCCCGACAAGCCCGAAUCUUGGCGGGCCGUGACCGAAACCUACAGCGAGCAGUUGAUGAAACUAGGUUGCAAACUGCUCGAGGUUUUAUCGGAGGCAAUGGGUCUUGAAAAGGAUGCACUGUCCAAAGCUUGCGUGGAUAUGGAUCAAAAAGUGGUUGUCAAUUUCUACCCAAAAUGCCCCCAGCCCGAUCUCACAUUGGGCCUGAAGCGGCAUACGGAUCCGGGUACAAUCACUUUGCUGCUCCAGGAUCAAGUGGGCGGGUUGCAGGCGACCCGAGAUGGUGGGGAAACAUGGAUCACUGUUCAACCCGUUGACGGUGCUUUUGUGGUCAACCUCGGUGACCAUGGUCAUUAUCUAAGCAAUGGGAGGUUCAAGAAUGCAGACCAUCAAGCAGUGGUGAAUUCAAAUAGUAGCAGAUUGUCUAUUGCGACUUUCCAAAACCCGGCCCCACAAGCUGCGGUUUACCCGCUGAAGAUCCGGGAGGGAGAAGAUCCGAUAAUGGAGGAACCAAUCACCUUCUCGGAGAUGUACAAGAAGAAGAUGGCGAAGGAUCUAGAGCUUGCUAAUCUCAAGAAAAUGGCUAAUAAGGAUAAUAUCCAGCUUCAAGAUAUUCUUGCUUGAAUAAUAAUUAAUUAUUAAAGCAUAAUUUGAUUCUUAAAUCGAAUUAAACUAUAUAAUUAAUUAUUAUGGUCUGUACUAAUUAAUUAUUAUCUAUGUUUUUCAUUAAGGAAUAUGUAAUAAAAUUAAUCGAUCUUUUCAA